ACGGGGGGGGGAGGAGGGCCGUGCGGGGCCUUCCGGGCUUCCUGUCCCUCCUCAGCUCCGCCUCCGCCUCGCGUCGCUUCGGCCGGACAGGGGGAAACACUUCCCAGUUAAAGAACAAAAGCAGCGACGGACCGAGCGGAGGGGGAGGAACGAAGGCCAACUCACACCCAGCCUUUUAAUCUCCCGAGUUGGAUAUUUGCGUCCCCUUGGCGAGAUUGAACUCCUGCGACGGGAGGAGGGGGGGGAAAACAAACUUGGCUGCGUCGCAUCUCGGGAUCCUGACCGUAAUCCGUCGAGGUGCUCGGCGAAAAGCAGCCAGGGGGGGUCAGCCACAUAGAUGGACGGCAUUGUUUGCUCGCUCGGCGCCUCAAACUUCGGCCGUGUGUCCGCCGAGCAGUGACUUUGUCCGGGUUACGCGUCGUCGGCACGGAGCCCGUCCAUCUAAGUGGAGGUGGAGGGGGUUUAUUUCGGCAAUUUCGGUUUGUGUUGCCACAUCUUUCCCCGUGGAGAGGCCUUUUCGUCUCCCAGGACUGAGAACUUUGCAAGUGAAACGGAGCCUGACCAGCUUGGAUGGCGGAACAUAUUUUGAUUGCCGACAUGGCGUCGUACACCGACCGCAACGGCAGGGACAGACUGCUUCUGGACCCGGACGAGCCCUUUGAGGUGGUUAUAACCGGGACGGAGAGCGACGAGGGGCCAGAGGCCAAGCGCCCUUCCAAGAAACUGCGGCACUCCCGCGGCUCGGCGGAAAGCACGGCCGGCGGCGUGGCUAGUUUCACCACCAACCAUAACUCGGUGGUGUGCCUGCCCCUGGUCUCGGAGGGGCUCAAGCUCGUGUGGACCCAGUCGGAUCAGACCCGGGAGCUGGACUCCAUCCCGGAACUUGUCCACGCCUUCAACUUGUUCCCCUACCCGUCCUCCAAAGAGGUCAGCACGCUGGCUAGGGAGUGCGUGUUGCCCCUGGACAAGGUUAAAGUGUGGUUCAUGGUGCAGAGGAUUAAGUACGGCAUCAGCUGGUCUUCGGAGGAGAUCGAGGAGACGAGGAGGAAGCUGACCGUGCCGGAGCUUUGUGAGGACUCGGCCGAGACGAGCAAAGACGCUUUGAAAGGCGGCAGCAAACACUACGACGAGUUGGUGAUCGUGGAUAGGGACAGCGGCGAGGAGGAGUGUCACCUCAUUAGUUUUGUGCCUGAGACGCCGAAGGCAAAGUGCGAGUCCCCGGCGUCGCCGAAACCUACCGCCCCCUGUUUCAGGUCCUGUCUCCCGCCGCCCCAGGAUUCGUAUUUCUACCGCUCACCGGCACACGCUCCCACGGCCACGGCGGCCGAGGUCUCCCCGGACCUCACGGAGUGCCCGUCGCAGCAGUACCGCCACGGGCGCUACAAAAAGUCCAAAGCCCAGCUCGCCGCCCUGCGCAAAAGCUUCCUGAGGGAGAACUGGCCCGCAGAGCCCGAGCUGAAGCGCCUGCAGGAGGAAACGGGCCUGAGCCGCAACGACAUCCGCAAAUGGUUCAGCGACAGUCGGUACCAGCUACGGGUCGGCCGGGGCAGCCUGGCGGCGGCGCAGACCUUUUCUCACCAGGCCGCUGUUGGGAGUAAACACGAAGCGCAGCCUCAGACUCAGCCCCUUCCUCUCACCAGCCCAAAACCCCGUCAGGUCAACGGGGUGAAGCCCCACGACGGCGGCCGCAGCAACGGGAUCAGAAACUCCCAUUUCUUUCAGACUUUUCUGUCCAACAGCCUGGAAGCGUUCGGGGAGAAGCUCCAGGAGACGCAAGCGCCUGAAGUCGUGGAGGAGCUCUCCGGAGACGGGGACGCCUUCAAGGAGGAGGAGCUACCCGAAGAGGAGCCGCUACAGUUGACCACGACCUGCAAGGUCGAGCCGGACGUCGUGGAGUUGAGAUCUUCUCCCUGCUCCUCCCCCCCUCCUCCCACGCUCACCCCGCCGCUCGCCGCCCCCUCUCACAAACCGCUCUCACACAGAAUCCGCACGUCAAAGAAGUCUCUGCAUUCGGCCAAGUCCUGUCCCUCGCUGGCGCCCGCGUGCUUCUCGGGCGCGUCCACGUCCACGUCCCCCGCCCUGACUCCCGCGGGACGUCCCAGGAAGACGAAGGAGCAGUUGGACGUGUUGAAGCAGCACUUCCUGAAGUCCCAGUGGCCCACGAGCGAGGAGUACACCGAGCUCGUCACGCUCACCGGUCUGCCCAGGGCAGACGUCAUCCAGUGGUUCGGCGACACGCGCUACGCCGUCAAGAACGGCCAGCUGCGCUGGGUGAAGGGCGUCCGCGAGCAGUUCCUGGCGGAGCUCGCCGCCCAGCAAGGCGCCGCCGGUUUGUCCAACGGGACGGCGGCCUCCGCUCGUGGCGGGGGAGGGCGCAAGCGGAAACUAAGCCGGGCGAGCACAGAUUCUCCUGAUAUCCAGCCCCUGGUGUCGUAUUACCUCACAACAGGCACACUAAACGAAAAAGACCUUGACCUGCUAUGCAAGAAAUCAAGAAUGAGCUAUCAGCAAGUGAGAGAUUGGUUUGCCACUCAGGAGGUGGGAGAGACUGACGAGGAAAUUGUGGUGACUUAGGGCCUCUACUGAAACACUUCUCUAUAACACAACAGGUGGGAUCAUUGCUGUGACCUAUGUCGUUUUAAUUAAGGCAGGUUUGUAAAAAAAAAAAAAAAAAA